AUGGCCAACAACCCGCAGAAUCCAUCAGGAAACGUAGUGUACGACCCACUCCCCUUGACUGGGGAUGACGUGCCCUCGAAUGCGCUCUACAAUGCCCCGCCAUCGCCAGAUCCGCGUCUGACAUCGUUCAAUACCCCUCAGAUGGGCCACUCAGACCUGCCUCGCGAUGACACCUUCAUCCCCCCGGGAGCAGCCCAACCACGUUUCAUGGGUCAAUAUGAUGAAGCUUCUGCCCGCAACUCAUUUACUUCUUCCCAACCUAGUCUGCGCCAGUCAGAGUAUGGUUCAGUUUACCACCUCAACGACGCCCAAGGCUCCUCGGCCCAAUUCAACAAUUACCGUGACGAACCCAACUACACCGACAACGUCCCCAUGUCUCCCGUCGGUCAUUCACGCGGUAUGCUCCACGAAAAGAACACAGCCUACACCGCUCCCCGGCAGAAGUCGAAACGAAAGGUCAUGAUCAUUGGGGCUAUCGUUGCUGCCAUCCUCAUCCUAGCUGCCAUCGCCAUACCGCUCUACUUCGCCGUUAUUAAACCAAAAACAAGCAAAGACAACAGCAAGUCCGAUAGCAAUCAUGAUAAACCGGACUCGACGGCUUCACCUAGCGGAAAGCCAGGCAGCGGUGCUUCGCGGGCUGUCGUCACAGGCGGUGAUGGUAGCACCAUCACAAUGGAGGACGGAACGACGUUCGUCUAUCGUAAUCCAUUCGGCGGCUACUGGUACUACGAUCCCAACGAUCCUUUCAACAAUGGCGCAAAGGCCCAGUCUUGGACCCCUGCACUGAACGAAACCUUCCGCUAUGGAAUCGACAAAAUCCGAGGGGUUAAUGUCGGUGGUUGGCUUUUGACCGAACCGUUCAUGCAAGUAGACUCUCCAGCCCUGUAUGAAAAGUACCUGGAUGACCCAGCAGGUCCCGCCAUCGACGAGUGGGACUUAAGCCUCCGUAUGCGAGCUGAUACUGCUGGUGGAGGGAUUGACCAGAUGGAGGAGCAUUACAAGACCUUUAUCACUGAAAGGGACUUUGCCGAAAUCGCCGGUGCUGGACUCAACUAUGUCCGCGUCCCAAUCGGCUAUUGGGCCGUCGAAACUCGUGGAGACGAACCCUAUCUGUCUCAGGUCUCUUGGACGUACUUUUUGAAGGCCGUGAAGUGGGCAAGGAAAUACGGACUCAGAAUCAAUCUCGACCUUCACGGGGUCCCUGGAAGCCAGAACGGAUGGAACCAUUCGGGCCGCUUUGGCACUAUUGGCUUUCUUCACGGUCCUAUGGGUUAUGCAAAUGCCCAGCGUACCUUGGAUAUCAUUCGUGUCCUCGCCGAGUUCAUUUCUCAACCCCAGUAUAAAGAUGUUGUCACCAUGUUCGGGAUUAUGAACGAGCCCCUUGGCGAUCCCAUGGGCCAGGAUGCUCUUUCACGAUUCUACAUGGAAAGUUACAAUAUCAUCCGCCGGGCUGGAGGUGGAACCGGUGAAGGAAACGGCGUUUGGAUCUCUCUACACGAUGGUUUCUUCGGCCGUGCCCCUUGGGAAGGCUUCCUUCCCAACGCUGACCGAGUGACCUUAGACACUCACCCAUACCUCUGUUUCGGUGAACAGUCUGCUGCACCGAUGUCGUCCUACGCUCAAACACCUUGUACAACCUGGGGCCAUCUCGUCAACAACUCGAUGGCCAACUUCGGGUUGACCAAUGCUGGUGAAUUCAGCAAUGCUGUUACUGACUGUGGGCUAUUCCUGAAUGGAGUCAACCUUGGUACUCGGUACGAAGGUGAUUACACCCCGGGUAGCUGGCCUCGCAUCGGCGAUUGCUCCGAAUGGACCGAUUACACUCGUUACAGUGAUCAGAUGAAGAGCGACAUUCGACAGUUCGCACUCGCGUCCAUGGAUGCCCUUCAGCACUACUUCUUCUGGACAUGGAGGAUUGGCGAGACACUUCGCAGCGGACGGGUCGAGACGCCAGCAUGGUCUUAUCAGCUGGGACUGCGCGAAGGCUGGAUGCCUACUGACCCUCGUGAUGCCGACGGCGUUUGUGGCAACAGCUCGCCUUGGACCCCGCCCCUUCAACCAUGGCAAACGGGCGGUGCAGGUGCGGGGGAUAUUCCUCCUUCUGUGACGGAAGCUCUUGCCUGGCCCCCCCCAGAAAUUCGCAACGGUGGUCCCAUUGAAUCACUUCCCCGAUACACGCAGACUGGGGCCCUCCCGACACUGACAGGAAUGGCCAUCACUGCCGGACCCAGCGAGACCAUCACCAGAACCGUCGACAUCGGCAAUGGUUGGAAUAACCCGGCAGAUACCGUUGGUUUCGCCGUUGAAAUUCCAGGCUGCACCUACCUCGACCCUUGGGUAACUCCUGCUGCCGCUCCCCCUUCCCCUUUGUGCGCAGCAGCCCGCCGUGAGGCAGCGCAGGAGCCUGCCGUCACUCUCCCUCCCUCGUAA